GUUGUGCUCUAACGGUCUGUCGCACUACCACCAACACCAUCGACACCACCACCAGCACCUCUAGCUCCACCCCCUUCGCAAAUGAGAUCGCACCAGCGACUAGUGAUGGGCAAAACGGCUCCGGGGCCGGCUCUGCACCAACGGCUCCGGAGCCGGUUUUAACACAAAGGACCAAAAUAACUUUUUCAAUGAAGUUUCAAUCGGGAAACUCCGUAAAUAGCGGAGUAGGUCAUGUUUCAAAGAAUUUAUCAAAGAAGAUAUAUUCGUUUGUUUUAUUACGCUAUCAUACAAUGAUGUCUCUAUUGAACCGUUAGUUCGGAGCCGUUGAUCUGGAGCCGUUGAUUCGUCGCCGGCCCCGGAACGGUGGGCCUGAAGCUGGCUCCGCAGCCGUUGGAACGGAGCCGUGAGUGCAGAGCCGUUAUUCCGGAGCCGACUACGGAGCCGUUGGUGCGCUCCGAAACGCCCAUCACUACCAGCGACUGUUGCCGGGAGCCGUUGGAGACGACGAACGAGUUGAGCUUCCAUUUCUGCACAGCUUCUCGAGGCGAGCGGACGUGUUUCUCCAAGCCCGUACGUGCUUUCAAGAACAAGUUCGCAAGUGUCAAGAACAAGUUGGUGUUGGUGCGAUUGAAAAAAAAUUCUUUUGAUAGCGUCGCACAUCUCUGUGUCCAAUUAUGGAUCUAAGCAACAAAGACGACACCGGCUCGGCUAAGUCAAUCUGGCCGAUGGAUACGAAGGACGGGCCGGCGGCUUCGGCCUCACGCAUUCCGCCGAUGUCGGCGUCCCCGCAGCAGCAGCAGCCGAUGGAGUUGUCGGUGGGCGGCGGGCAACCGGCGCGUCCACCGACGCGCCGACCGACGGGCAGAGCGGCGAUGAAGACCGGGGGAGGGCCGGUGCGGUCCUUUAAGCGCCCGGCGCCCCCGCCAAUGGGUGCCGCGGGCCGCAGCGCCACAUCGUCGCGGCAGGCGGGGGAUGGUUUGGGCGCGAUCCGGCAGCGUCGCAAAAGUACGGUCGACACAUCGACGGCGGCAGGCGGGCAGCUGCGGGGAUCCAGGCGCACGGAGUGGGAAGACGAAACCAUUGCGCGCCAGCAGCGCCAAGCGGACUCGGAGAAGGAGAACAAGCGCGAGUGAGCUCUUGUGUUCCGGAGGACUUUUUUUUUUACUUAAUGCGUUGAUGAACUGUUUUCUUGCAUAGAAAUAAACUACCAAAAAAUCGUUAAUUUGAAUUAAGGCCUCAAUCGACACACAACCAUUGUAAGAUGCGAAGCGAGACACCCGAUGUGCCAUGACGAAUUACAAAUAAAGAUGAGUUCAACUUA